CCCACCACGCUGGUAUCACAUCCCAUGCGAGCCGUAGCACGAAAAGUCCCGACGAGAACUUCCGCCGCUGCCCGCAGAGCACCGGGGGACACAAGCGCAGCCCUCCAGCUGACUUGGACGUCAAAAGAUUCUACGAAAGUCCGACUUCCAGUUUUCGUGGCUGCCGCGUCCGGGGAGAGAAAAGGAGCCACUAGCAGCGGCGGUGACAGAGUUUGAGACCACAGUUCCUAAAAGAGUGGAGGAGCCAUGCCUUUCCUCCACGGGUUCCGAAGAAUCAUUUAUGAGUAUCAGCCACUGGUGGAUGCUGUAAUGAGCGUGGUCGAGCCGGAAGAAGGAGACGGUAGUCAAGGGGACAGAAGUCCAGCAGAAGAAGAAGGUCUGUACAGUUCUCUGGUGGAGCUGCUAGAGCGCGAGUCCCAGUCUGAAGUAUUCAUGGCAGGGGUCAGCUAUUCCCUGUUUAAAGUGGCAGAACGUGGGCUGGUGCAUGCCGCUCGAGUCCUUCUACAGUACAGAGCAGAUCUUAAUUUUGAGGACCCAGUGUCUUACUAUAAUCCACUGCAUAUAGCAGUUCUGAGGAACAGAUCAAACAUGGUGAAACUUCUGGUCGGGCACGGAGCUGACAUUGAAAAAAGGGACAGGAUUCAUGAGAGCAGUCCAUUGGAUCUGGCGAGUGAAGAGUCAGACCGUCUGCCCUGCCUGCUCAUGCUGCUGGACUUGGGUGCUGAUGUGAACGCAUGGGAUAAAAGAGGAAAAACCCCUUUGCUGCAUGCCUUGGCAAGCAGUGAUGGCCUCACUGUGAACAACAUAGAGAACAUCCAGCUUUUACUUGAAAGAGGUGCUGACGUCAACGCUGCUACUGUAGACGGUGAAACGGUUGAGUCGUCCUUGGUGUUUCUGGUCAAGGAGGCGCUUGAUGCCACACCCGAAGAUGCAGCAGCGAUUGGAAAAUUCUGCCUAAAGACAACAGAGUUACUGCUGGCUCACGGUGUGGAUCCCAGCUGUGAUCUAAAUGAUGACGACGAGUCCACUCUGACCCAAACAAGUCUGGAGCACUUUGACCUGCUCUUCCCUCUCGCUGUGCUCAUAAUCCAAAGCGGAGCAUCUUUGGUUUGUGCCUAUCACAGCGACUCCUGCUGGUCAGCAUCCGGUAUUAUCUUUCAGAGGCUCCAGACAGCCCUGGGACAUUGCUCAGAUCCAAAUCAUGCCUCUGAGCUACUUGAGCAAGCGGAAGUGUUACUGGACUUAGCAAAGGUAAACAACCCCACACUGAGCCUGCAAGUCAGGUUAGGACCUACUCUGUUUGGGCAGGACCCUCACCCUUAUGUCCAGGCUAUACAAGACUUAUACAGCCGAGUGGUCCAGCAUGAUGCUAGCCCUCCUGCCCUGAAAUGCCUUUGCAGAGCAUUUUUACGGAACCACUCCCAGCCAUGGCCACUGGACAAGAAAAUCAAUGAUUUGCCAUUACCAGACAGAUUGAAAGACUUCCUUCUCCCUGAGCGCACAUAUAAACCAAAGCCUGGUUGGGACUGCUUUAAACCCCAGCAAAGCCAGCGCUGAUAAUCUGCUAUGAUGUGUUGUAAAGCAUUUGUAACAUUAUACUCAAAUGGAACAAAUACUUACAAAGAGUUUGUGCCAAAAAUUUGCAUUUUGUUGUUUACCAUUAAACUCAAGCACCAAAAAUAUGCUAUUUUAAAGUAUGUCCAAGUACUCCGAUUAGAAAGAAGCAUAUGUAAUGUGAGGCAGGGGUAAUUGAGUUCGUUGUAAUGCAUCUUAAAUGCCACCAGAUGGCAGUGUUUCUCUAUCGCGUGUUGAAAAAAAAAAAACAUUAAGCAAUUCACAAUCCAGUCAAUUAAAGUAGUUGAAAUACGUUGGUGUGUUAUCCCCUAAAGUGAUUGUGAUAUGAUGCGAAAUUAGUUUUCUUUCUCACUUAAACUGAAGCUGGAUAAUAAACAAGUCGG